CACAAUUGGGCGGAAUAGUUAAAGCUAUAGUUUUUAAAACCGUCGUCGCUCUGAGAUCUCAAGAAUGGAUACACAUGGCACGCGUCCACGUAGUCAACGGUACCUAUGACUGAAAUUGGAUGUGGCUAAAGUCUCUUAGUCUUUAGUCGCCUUAAAUGUGUGCGGAUCAAACCCUUUCAGCACCAUGGAAAAUCCUGAAAAUAAAGAAAAUGGGAUGGAUUUGGACAACAGUCUGACCAACAUUAACUGGCUGGGACGGUUCUCCUGUCAUGCAAUUGUCCCAGAGGAAAACAGGAGAGUUGCAUCAAAACUAAAGGUAGUAAAACCUCCCACAGGAAACCCAGUAAAGAGGCCCCAGCACUCUUAUACAGAGCUUAUCAAGCUGGCCCUUCUCAGUGCCCCUGGCAGGAGGCUAACACUCCAGCAGAUCUACUCCUGGGUAGAAGACCACUUCCCAUACUACAAGUACCAUGCCAAACCUGGCUGGAGGAAUUCUAUUCGCCACAGCUUGUCGACACAGGAUAUCUUUGUACGUGAGGCAGCAGGAAGUGGCAGAAAUUCCUACUGGAUGAUGAAACCAUGCCCUCAGUCCAACAUUCUCCUGUCUCUAGAACGACCUAAAAAUGUUACUUCCUCAGACAUGGUGGCCAAAAAAGACUUUGGGAAGAAAAAGAUGCUUCCGUUGUUACCCCGCAGCGUGCUGCACUGCCUGGUCCCUGUCUCUGUCGUCAUUAGCACCCCUGCUAUCAGUGCAGCAUCACUGAACCCCGCAGCCUGCCUUCCCACCGAGUGUAAUACCAAGAGAGUUAUCGCCCCGAAGCUGCCCAUUGCAAAGUUGUCAGCUACACAAAAGCAAACUACAGACACAUCUCAAGUAUCUCAAGUAUCAAGCCACAGUUCAAAGGAUGCCAUUAUUGUCAGACGUUGGAACAGAGUCCCCCAACAGAGCUCUCGUCAACGGCGGAAACAGAGGCUUCAGACAUUAGAGGAGCUCCAUUCACCAUUGCAGGCCAGUCUCAGCACUUCCAUUGACUCGGGGCUCGGAUGUGAUAAAACCAGCUCCUCUAAACUGAAAAUGAGCUAUGAGAUGGUCAGUCCCUCUACUUUCACAACUCCCAUAAAGUCCCGCGAGGAGCUUGUCACAUCAACACCUUGCACUGAUCUUGCCCCCGUCUCUCCUAGCGAGGCUUUUCCCUUGCUAGAGACAGGUCGCACACCCCCUGCCUCCAAGGCGAGCUUUUUGGAUGGCAGCUUCUUUAAGUCACAUGAAGCUAGGAUUGUGGGGGAGGAAGAUUUCGGUCUGAGGCCUUUCAGGGACAACACACAAUCUGGAAAUUGCCACAGAGAUGACGACCUGUCUGAUUUCUCAUUCCUCAGCUUCACACCCAUUAGAGGAACAGCUAAGAAGGAAGGGGAGUCUGGGUUUGAAGCACAUAAUGAAAGCUUGGGUCUCAUCUUUGCUGAUUUCUCUCCUGGCCUUGAACAGGGAACCGACCUGGUUAAUAUGAGCUGGUCAGAAUUUACUUAA